UCUACCACCCAAUACUGGUGUAAGAAUGGGUUUCUUACUAUCCAAUUAUCAACUCACAAUAUGUAUCCUCCUGUAUUCCCUAAUUUUCUGCUUCUCUUCUUCUUCUGCACAUCUUUGCCAUAAUGACGAGAGCACCGCUUUGCUCCAAUUUAAGCAACUCUUUUCCUUCAAUUGCGCUGCUUGCGAUUGCUCUGUUUAUUCUGCUCCACUCCCUGAUAAUUGGAAAGAGGGUACAGAUUGUUGUGCAUGGGAUGGGGUCACAUGUGAUAACACCACUUCUCAUGUCAUUGGCCUCGACCUCCGUUGUAACUGCCUAUAUGGUACCAUCCAUCCAAACAGCAGCCUCUUCAAUCUUGUUCACCUUCAACACCUCGAUCUUUCUCACAACAACUUCAAUCACUCUCAAAUUUUACCUUCAUUUGGCCGUUUCACAAAUUUGACCCAUCUUGACCUCAUUUCCUCCCAUCUUUCUGGCCCAAUACAAUCAUCAGAAGAAGAAGUCUGGCAAGGGAAUAACUUCUCCAAUAGCAUUUUCCACUUACAGAAAUUGCAGGAGCUACGGUUAGGCGGUAACAGAGAACUCACAGGUAAACUUCCAAGUUUUAUUAAUGGAACUCUCUGGCACCUUAGGCACCUUAGGUCGUUGGAUCUCUCUUUUAUAGAUUUCACCGGAGAGCUACCUAAUUCCAUCGGCCAACUUGAGUACUUGGAGGUGCUAGACCUUGGUUACUGCAAUGUCUCUGGUACGAUUCCAAGAUCGUUUACAAACCUCACGCGAUUAUAUUGGCUUUAUCUUGGAGGGAAUAACUGGAACAAUGGUCAAUUCCCAUCUUCAAUCGGCCAUCUUAAAAACUUGGAGCAGCUAUACCUCUCUCACUGCAAUUUCUAUGGCACUUUGCCAUCAGAAUACUUUGAGAGCAUGCAUUCAAUGAUGAUGGAUGAUGAAGACAAAUCCUCCUUAAAGUAUAUGGGCAUUGGUUCUGGUUAUUAUUCGGUAACCAUAAUGAAUAAAGGACUGGAAAUGACACUCGUAAGGAUCAUCACCAUCUUCAAAGCUAUUGAUUUCUCGCACAACAAGUUUGAUGGAAAGAUUCCCAUAUCUAUUGGAAGACUCAAAGCCCUCCGUGUCCUAAAUUUUUCAAGAAAUGGCUUCACAGGUCCGAUUCCAUUGUCCUUGGUCAAUCUAACUGAGCUUGAGUCCUUGGAUCUAUCCCAAAACAAGCUCUCUGGUGAGAUACCUCAACAACUAACAAGCUUGACAUUCCUUGAAGUUUUUGAUGUCUCGCAAAAUAAUCUAACUGGGAUUAUACCACGAGGCCAGCAGUUUGAAACAUUUUCAAACACUUCAUAUGAGGGAAAUCUAGGCUUGUGCGGGUUUCCAUUGUCAAAGAAUUGUGGGAAUGUCCAAAUAGCAGAAUCACCAACUUUACCAUCCUCAUUUAGCCACAAUUUUAAGUUCAAAUUUGAUGGCUUUGGUUGGGAAGCUGUGUUGAUGGGAUAUGGGUGUGGAGUAUUGCUUGGUUUGUUGAUUGGAAGUUACAUUAUUCAAAGGAAAGAAGAAUGGCUUGUAAGGAUUUUUGGUGUAAAAAUGCGUCAACAUGGAAAGAGAUCAAAGAAGAUUUGGAAAAAGAUAGCUCAUACAAAGUCAAUUAUAAAUUGUUUGUAGUAUAUAUAUUGUGUAUGCUAAUAAAUUGGAGAAGUAUUUGAAGGCUACAAUGCAAGGUAAAGCUAUACCGCAAUUCUGUCACUGUGUCUUCUUUUGCCAAUGCAAGGAUUGGUUUGUAAUCUCCAAUGAACAACAACAUGUGGAAGAAACAUGUGUAAUUCUUCUGUCUCAUAGAGAUGCAACAAUCUUAUCCUAUAUACUCUGACUCACUAAUAUAAU